CGAAAAUGAGUGGAAGAGUCAACACUUGAAGGGCGAACGCCGCGCGUAUUUAUGUUUUUAAUCGUUAUAUUAAACUCCCCUUACUUAUUUUAAUCGGCUCGUGUAAUUCGCCGAGCGUGUCCGAACAGCACCCCCAGGCUUAUUAUAAGUUGUGGAAGGGAAAGCUGAAACGGCGAGAUGAUGAAAUUUAAGCGAGGCUGGAAGGGAAGUGCGGAUUCUCCUGGCACAGAACCCAUCUUCAGCCGCUUUCUUCGCCUGAAUCAGUUGUUUCAGGGCAAGAUUGCUCAGCCAGGGCAGCAUCGGUACCUGGCCACCCGCGAUGGCCUUCUCGACUCACUCCUGGUCCUCUUUGAGGAGUGCAGUGACCCAGGGCUCAUGAAGCACAACCACAUUGCCAACUUUGUCAGUAAACAUGCCGAGACUGUGUCGGAGCUGCAGGAGCUGCGUGUGACCUCAUCGGACUUCGAGGUGAGAGGCGUGGUGAGCCGCGGCCACCAUUCCGAGGUGCAGGUGGUGCGCGAGAGAGCCACCGGUGACGUGUACGCCAUGAAGGUGCUACAGAAGAGCCGGCUUCUACACCGAGACAAUGUGGCCUUGUUUGAGGAGGAGAGGGACGUCCUGGCCAGAGCCAGCAGCCCCUGGCUCACGCACCUGCAGUACGCCUUCCAGGAUGAAGACAACCUUUACCUGGUGAUGGAGUAUCACCCAGGUGGGGACCUCCUCGGUUUGCUGGGCCGCUACGAGGACCAACUGGAUGAGAGCAUGGUCCGCUUCUACCUGGCCGAACUGGUUCUUGCCACGCAGAGCCUGCAUCAGAUGGGAUACGUACACAGAGAUUUGAAGCCUGAAAACGUUCUGGUGGACCGUACUGGACACAUCAAGUUGGCUGACUUUGGCUCAGCUGCCAAGCUCAAUGCAAACAAAAUGGUGAGCUCAAAGUUACCGGAAGGCUCACCGGACUACGUAGCACCAGAGGUCCUGAGCAGUGUCAGUGGGAAGGGUUCCUACGGGCCUGAGUGCGACUGGUGGUCAGUGGGAGUCAUCGCUUAUGAAAUGGUGUAUGGAAAGACCCCCUUUGCUGAGGGCAUUUCCACCAAGACCAUCAGCAACAUCAAAAACUUUCAGAAGUUCGUCCGUUUUCCAUCCGAGCCGGCGGUGAGCGUGGAGUUUGUGGACCUGGUGAAGGGCUUGCUGUGUGGCCGUGUGGACCGCCUUACACCUGACAAGCUGCUGUGCCAUCCGUUCUUCGCUGGCAUCGAUUUGAAUAACAUCCAGCACAUGCCUCCUCCCUUCGUGCCACCUCUGCAAGGUGAUGACGACACUUCGAACUUUGAGGAGGUGGAGAGGGAGCGCCCAGCUGCCCCACCGACGCCUCGCCAGCUGAGGCAGCCUGGCUUCUCCGGGAACAACCUGCCCUUCAUCGGCUUCUCCUACAGCAAGGCCCUGGUUGGCCUUUCACGCACCGAGUCUGUUAUGUCGGUUUUGGAUUCCCCAGCCAAAAACAGUUCCAUUGAGAAAAAACUACAAACCAAGGCCAAGGAACUCCAGGAUGCACAGGAUAAAUGUCACAAGAUGGAGAGGGAGUUGGAGGGCCAGCAGAGGAGAGUCCUUGAACUGCAGUCUGAUCUACGUCACAGGGACAAGGAGCUAAAGGCUAUUGAGGUCCACAGGGGAACACUCGAAAGAGACCUUGCCAUGUACAUCACCGAGUGCAGCAGCCUAAAGCGUGGGCUGGAGCAAGCACAGCUGCAGGUGUCACAAGAGGAUGAUAAAGCUUUGCAGCUGCUGCAGGAGAUCCGCGAGCAGAACAUCCAGCUUCAGGAAAUCCGCGAGCAGGAGUUCAACUCCCAGCUGGAGGAGCUGCGUCUCGUGGUGAAGCAGCUUCAGGAGGAGCUGUGCGUGGCGCACCGGCACGCCGGCCUCGGCGACACGGAGCUGAGAAAGGCCCGGACGGCCGCUGACGAUUACCGCCGCAAACUCGUCGACUAUCAAGACAGACUCAGCAAGACCAGAGAGCAGAAUAAGACCGAGGUUGCUGCUCUUCAAAGUGAAAUGGGAAAGAUAAACUCUGAGAGCCAUAGGAAAAUAAAUGAACUUCAAGAUAAGCUCACUAAGGCGGUGCUAGCCAGCGCCGAGGCGACGGAGCUCCUGCAGAACGUGCGGCGCGCCAAGGACCAGCUGGAGAGGGACGUGGAGCUGGCGCGCGAGAAGCACGGCAACAGAGAAAACAUGCGGCGACGGCUCGAGGAGAGCGAGGAACGGUGCAGAACUCUGGAAGGUCAGCUGAAGAGGCUGGCAGUGAUCGAGAGAAGAGAGAGCAAGCUGAAAGAAGAUCUACAUACCAAGUCCCAACAGACACAACAAAUGGCAGAGAAGAUUAAGGAAUUGGAGGAGCAGUGUCGAGAGUCAGAAAUCAGCUGUCGGCGGCUGGAGGUCCACGUCAAACAAAAGGUGCAGAUGUACGAAGAAAAGAUUCGGGUUAUGGAUACACAAAUUAAAUUAGACUUUGCAGACAAAGAAGUCUUGGAGCAGAGUCGAACAAAACACGAAGAGGACGCAGUGGAGAAGACCAAAGUCUUGGAGGACCAGAAAGCGACGAUCAAAGCCAUGGAGUCAAGGAUCCGCGCACUGGAGCAGCACAUCACAGAGCUGAGCGAGGCCAACAAGAUGGUGGCUAACAGCAGCAUGUACACGCAGAGGAGCAUAAAAGCGCAGGAGGAGAUGAUCGGUGAGCUGCGGCAACAGAAGUUUUACCUGGAGACACAGCUGGGCAAGGCUGAAGCACAGGCGCGUGCGGCAGAAGAGAGACUCCAGCAAAGCCAGGAGGCCAGUAGCGUCGCUCGCACAAGGGUGGCGGAACUCGAGGGCAGGCUCCGUGAGGCUGCAUUUGCGGCAGAGCAGCGGAAGCUGGACGGGCAGCGGGAGGUGGGCGAGGUGGCUCUGCAGCUGCAGGAGCGGGAGGCCGAGCUGCAAGCUGCGCGCGCCAGCUGCUUCGCUCUCGAGGUCAAGCUGCGCCGCGUGCAGACCGAGCUGGACGAGACGACGGCCGAAGCAGAGGAGGAGAUCGCCUCGCUCAAGGCAAGCAGAGAUGACAUCCAGAAGAAGUUUGAAACCCUGCGAGAAAGCUGCUCGGUGAUCACGGAGAUGGAGGAACAACUGGGAGAGCUGAGCCAGGAGAACUUGGAGCUGAACAAGCAGAACUUCUACCUGGGCAAGCAGCUGGAGGAGCUGUCUGGCGCCGCGCUGGAGCGGGGUCGUGCGCAGAGCGAGGUGGAGGGCUUGCGUCGCGAGCUGACCGCGCGUGACGCACGUCUCUCGAACCAGGACGCGACUCUCAACAUGCUGAAGACGACGUGCACAGAGCUGGAGCAGCAGAUCACCGACUUGGAGGGCUUGAACGACGAUCUGCUCGCCAAAGAGCGCGCGUGCGAGAGCUCCCGCUCCGCUCUGGAGACGGAGUGUGAGCGGCGCGAGCAGCGCGUGCGGGAGCUGCUGAGGCAGCAGGAUAACGACCGGCAGAACAGGAUGCGUGUUGAACAGAAGAGUGUGGAGUUGCGGCAGGCCAUUGAGUUGGCGGUCCGGGAGCACAAGGCUGAGUCCCUCGCUCUGCAGAACAUAGCCAAGGAACAGCGACUGAAGGCCGACAAUCUGGGAGAGAUGCUCAGUAACCUGGAGAAGAAGCAUGCCAUGCUGGAACUCAGCUCCAAGGGCCUGCAGCAGAAGCUGGAGACGGAGCGGGAACUGAAGCUGAGGCUCAUGGAAGAGCAAGUGAAACUGCAGCAACAGCUGGAUACGCACAAGACACGCAUCCACCGGCUGACUCAGGGUCUACAGGAAUCCCUGGACCAGAUCGAUCUUCUCAAAACGGAGAAAAUCGAUUGGGAGAAUCAGACCGAGAACUUGCAGGUGAUGUUCUCACAAGAGCGGGUGAAGAUGGAAGGAACGAUCGGUCAGCAGACAAAGCUUAUUGACUUCCUGCAAGCUAAACUGGACCAGCCCACCAAGAAGAAAAAGGGGCUGUUUGGGUGGAAGAAAGACGAUGGGCCCACGCCGCAGCAGCUGCCUUUGCCGUACACGGAGCUGAAGGCCGCUCUGGACAAAGAGAAGAAUCGCUCGAGUGAGCUGGAGGAGAUGCUGCAGAAGAUUCGCGUGGAGCUCAAAGCUGCACGGGAGGAAGCUGCGCAUCUCAAAACCGUGGACCACCAGACAAGCAACGGCUCGGCAAACACCCAGCAGCAGAUCAUCAUGUCGGCACUCGUGUGCUCACCGGGACAUCAGCCCAGCCCCAUGAGUCUCCUGGCUCCACCAAGCCACAGGAAGCAAUCGGCCACUCCAGAUGAGUUGGGGCGCCACAUCAAACAGAGAAUGCAUCACAACAUCCCACAUCGCUUCAGCGUCGGCCUCAACAUGAGAGCCACCAAGUGCUCCGUGUGCCUGGACACCGUUCACUUUGGCCGCCAGGCCUCCAAGUGCCUCGAGUGCCAGGUGAUGUGCCACCCCAAGUGCUCCGUGUGCCUGCCUGCCACGUGCGGCCUGCCUGUCGAGUACGCCACGCACUUCAGCGAGGCCAUGGUGCGCGACAAACUCAAUUCGCCCGGCCUCAAGCUGCCUGAGCCACCCCACAGCCUGCGCUUGCAAGGGUGGAUGAAGGUGCCGCGAAAUGGACGACAGGGGUUGCUUGGUUGGGACCGCAAGUACUUGGUGCUUGAAGGCUCCAUGGUCAAGAUAUUUGACAAUGACAACAUUGACUCUGGGGCGCCGGCUGUGGAUGAGUUUGAUCUCGUGCUCGCCGAUGGAGAUGUCACCGUUCACGGAGCAGUCAGCCCGUCGGAGCUGUCGAACACCGUGAAAACAGACAUAGCGUACGUGCUCAAGCUGGAGUCGCACCCCCACACCACGUGCUGGCCGGGUCGCAUGCUCUACAUGCUGGCGCCCAGCUUCCCCGACAAGCAGCGCUGGGUGACAGCGCUCGAGUCGGUUGUGGCGGGCGGGCGUGUGGCACAGGAGCGCGCCGACGCCGACACGAAACUAUUGGGCAAUUCUUUACUGAAGCUUGAAGGAGAUGACCGAUUGGACAUCAAUUGUUCUCUGCCCCUUACCGAUCAGAUUGUGCUCGUUGGAGCUGAGGAGGGCUUGUACGCAUUGAACGUGGCCAAGAGCGCGCUCACGCACGUUCCCGGCGUGGGAAGUGUGUUUCAAAUUCACGUUGUCAAAGAGCUGGAUCAACUCGUGAUGAUUGCCGGCGAGGAUCGUACCCUGUGCGUGCUGGACAUUAAGAAGGUGAAGCAAUCACUGGCACAGUCCCACCUGCCCGCUCAGCCUGAGGUGCGGCCCAGCAUGUUUGACAGCGUCAACGGCUGCCAUCUUUUUGCCGUGGGCACGGUGGAGGGUUCCUCCUGCAUUUGCGCGGCGAUGCCCACGCACGUAGCAGUGCUGCGCUACAACAGCGGCCUCGGUCGAUUCUGUCUGCGCAAGGAGGUGGAGACCAGUGAGCCAUGUAGCUGCAUUCACUACACCAACUACAGCAUCAUCUUUGGCACCAACAAGUUCUAUGAGCUCGAGCUGAAACAGUACACGCUCGAAGAGUUCCUGGACAAGAACGACCCAUCGCUGUCUUCGGCCGUGUACGCCUCCUCGUACCUCAGUUUCCCUGUUGCUAUCACACCUGUGUCAGGUGCUGCCAACAGGGAUGAGUACCUGCUUUGCUUCCACGAAUUUGGGGUGUUUGUUGACACGUACGGGCGACGCAGCAGGACAGAGGACCUCAAGUGGAGCCGCCUGCCUUUGGCCUUUGCAUACAGAGAGCCUUACUUGUUUGUGACCCACUUCAACUCCCUGGAGGUGAUUGAGAUUGUCCACAACAAUGGGAAGAACUCAGCCAGCCAGCCCAUGCGCGCUUUCCUAAACAUCCCAAGCCCACGGUACCUGGGGCCAGCAAUCUCGGGGGGUGCAGUCUACCUGGCUUCUUCCUACCAGAACAAGCUACGCAUCAUCUGCUGCAAGGGCAACCUUGUACGCGAAGAGCCGGACAGAGGCGCUCCGUAUCCCUCCGCUGCUCGCAACGCCAGCAGUCCAAACAAGCGGGGUCCCCCGUCCUACACGGAGUACAUGGCCAAGCGGCGCGCCGCAUCGCCCGCCCGCUCGCUGGUGGACAGCAGCUCGUCGGAUCGAUCAGGCCCUGCGCAGAGAGAAUUCCGCAGAGAGAGGGAUGAAGGAGAGAGCGGCCAGUGGAGCAGGGACGGCCACAGGGAGCGCUCCCCGGGCCGGGCGCUGGAGGGGCCGUCGGAGCGGCCUUCGAGAGCCCGGCAGGUGGAGCAGCGGCGGGAGCAGUCCCCCCCCGGGCGCUGCCUCGACACGGCUACGAGGCGCGACAAGUCCGGGGGACGCGGCCCAGCCGGCGAUGGCCCCGGCAGCAGGGUCCUCCCCGGAGCUGUCAAAACUCCGCUUUUGCAAGCCAGGGUGGUUGCCAACUACUGCCCCACGUCUGCGUACGACGACUAGUGGUCACCGCGCCACUGGGUCAUGUGUCGAGCAUCUUGCACAGAGCACCUGGGAGGGGCAGUGGCCCUCUGUGUGAGUAGAGAGCACAGCCUUUCUUGCUCCCUGUCAGACGACUCGGACGUUGUACGGCGGCGAUGUGCAUUUGGCCUAAUGUCUGUGGACUGUGAAGGGUACAUUGGCCAUGCAGCCCGAUGUGUGCGCUGUCAAUUUGGCACCUGCCUGCUUUCACAGACAGAACUCUCCUGGCAGUGCCGAAUGCUUACUGCUUUUAACGGUGGAUCUAUCUGAACUAGAACUUCAGCCUCCACAAUGUCCAAUGGUUACAUGACACUUAUUCCUGCCCUUCUGCUCGAAGAACCGCUUUAAAGCAUGACAGGAGGCAAUGCUGCAGGGCAUUGUGGAAAGCAUUGCCACCUUUUCAUCUGAACUUCCAGGGUCGCCACUGUGGAUGGUGUCAAUCGUUGGCUCGGGUCACUCUUUGCUGUGACUCCCUUUUUCUGCCGUCAAGCUCGUUUUAUAAAUGGUCCCGAUCAUUAUGCAUAUAUUUUCCAAACUAAUGACGUAACGGCCAACCUCGGAUGUUUCUUCUACGCAAAAUACGACAGCGCCGGUUGCUGAUUGGUCGUGACAAAGGGAUUUGGGUCACAUGUUACAAAUGUAUUCUUGAUGCAUUGGCAGACAAUUCCUCUGUCUUGUCAGCCUGGCCAGGUUCGGUUUGGUUGCAGAGUUGCCUGGAGACUGUUUAUUUUGGUACUGAUGAUAAUAGCUUUAUUUCAUUGCUUCUCCUGUAAGGGUACACAGCAGUACGCUUACGUCACACACCACUUCAACGUGCUCUUUAUUUACGGGAGAGUACAAUACAGUGGCAGCGCACCACUUGUAAAUGGAUAAACGAGUGCAUUGCAGACAUCUCGCGUGUAGCAGUCAGGCUACAAGUGACGAACAUUUAUUCUGGCAUGAAAAUAACAGUUUCAUACAAAUGUGUUUAUUCAUGGGUUACUGGCACGAUGAUUUGUGUACCAUCCUACCUGUACUGCACAUUUUAUUUAUUUCAAAUGUAUAAUUAGGUUGAUAAAUGCAUACAGUUAUCAGGCAUAUAGGGCAUAUUGUUAUUAUGAAAAUGCAGAACAAAUGAGAAACCUUUAAAAUAUUGUAUGGACUGUUGCAGGGUAAACAUACAUCCAGUAUUAUUAUGCAAAAUGACUUGUAUUGAAAUGCCGCAGAUCUAGCUUGAGAAAAUCCAUCGUUUUAACCCGCAUUUAUCUCUUUUUAUGCUGUUACCUUAAUGUUGCACAUUUCUGAGAGCGUUAAAGCAUCGCCGCCUCACACUUGGUGCACUAUGAUGGCUGCGAAUUAGUUACGCUUCUAAAUAUUUGGUGGUCCGCCAACUGAAAUGAGAAUUGAAAUCUGUAUUUUGGUGCUUUAACCGUGCCAGCCAUUUGACACAAUUUGAAGCGUGGAUGGACACAAUUUUUGCACUUGUUGUUUUAUCGACAUCGAGUCCACAAACGAACAAGAGUCGAUCGCCACACUCGGUGUACCGUGUCACCUCGGAAUUUCAGCUUUGCGUUUGUUACCUUUGCCCAUUUCCUCCACUCUUCUUUGACCUUGGAUUAGGAUAUAUUAACGGAGUGCUCCAUAGCAAAAGUAAAAAAAGCCCGAACGUAAAAUUUUGCACUUGGUAUAAAUGAGUGUCGUGAUAUUUUCUGAGAAAAGUGUAAUACGAGUGGAAUGGUUUAUACCCAAGAGGUCGAGCGAGUCAAGGCCUUAUCAGGUGGCCAAAUGUGUCAUGUUCCCUCUUAUCGUUUCGUUUAUGAAAAUUUCAAAGCACAACUUUAAACAUGGUAAAGGCCGUCAAAAAGGGAAUGCUAGUUGCAUCAAUUUUCUUACACGAUAUCUCGUAAUGUUGGAUUACUGUUUAGAGGAAUAAAGCAUCGUUUGAAAGUGAUUUCUUUUUUUUACAAAAAUUGUUUACCAUUUAACUUGGAUGUAAUUCGUUAUAUUUUUAAAAAAAUAUUUACAAAUAGCAACGACAUUCGUUUUUCCGUCUCAGUCUUGUCGUACUCAAUGCUACCAUUUCUAUUUAACACACGAUAUAGUCUGGACCAGUUUUAUUUGCAGGUGUAAGUCUGUCGCUUGUUUUUUUUAUGUACUGGUUUCUACUUUACUUUAUGUUCCCUUUGUCUCACUGCCUUCUGUUUGUGUAACGUGGUGGUUUUGUGCAUCACAAAGUAAAACGGUAAAAACCA